UUUCUUCCUAUCAGCUAUAAUUUGAAGAACUACCAGCUUGUGCUGGCACUGGUUUUUGCCAUUGAGGAGAUCAACAGGAACCCCCAUAUUUUACCCAACAUGUCUCUGGGAUUUGAUCUCUAUAAUAUUUCAUAUUUUGAAUGGAAUGUUUUGGAGACUUCCUUCUUUUGGCUGUUGGGGCUGGAAAAGAUGAUUCCUAAUUAUACCUGUAGAAGAGAAAGCAAGUCUGUAGCAGUACUGAUGGGAGCAUCAUGGAAGAUAUCUUACCAGAUUGGGCCAUUCCUGGAACUCUACAAAUUUCCACAGCUCACCUUUGGACCUUUUGAUCAUAAACUGAGUGAUCCUGUCCAGUUUCCUUCUCUCUAUCAGAUGGCCCCCAAGGACACAUCUCUGGCCCUUGGUAUGGUCUCCUUGCUGCUUCAUUUCCACUGGACCUGGGUGGGGCUGCUCAUCUCAGAAGAUCACAAAGGUAUUCAGAUUCUCUCAGACUUGAGAGCGGAAAUGGAGCAAAAUGGAGUCUGUGCAGCCUUUGUGGAAAUGAUCCCAGAGAACCAUGUGUUCAAUCAUCACUUGGUCACUGAAUCAUCAGCAAAUGUGAUUAUUAUUUAUGGUGAUACUAAGUUUUUAGAAGACUUGAUGUUUGAUGUAGGGCAAACUCUAAUGACAUGGAAAGUCUGGGUCACAAACUCACAAUGGCAAGAUGUCAGCAAGGGGAAAAAUUUCAUGUUAGAUUCAUCUCAUGGGACUCUCAUGUUUUCACACCACCAUAGGGAGAUUCCUGGGUUCACAAAUUUCAUCAGCACAGUUAACCCUUCCAAAUACCCGGAAGACGUUUACCGCUCCUUUUCUCAAUUGGACUGUAACAUCUUGGAGAACUGCCCACUAAAUGCCUCCUUGGAAUGGUUGCCUGAAAGCACUUUUGACACGGCCAUGAGUGAAGAGAGUUACAACGUAUACAAUGCUGUGUAUGCCGUGGCCCACACAUUUCAUGAGGUGCUUCUUCACCAAGCAGACACACCAAAAAUGGGAAAUGGGGAUGGGCUUCUGGUUUCCCCUUGGCAGCUUCACCCAUUUCUCAAGAAAAUAAAAUUUGAAAAUCCUGCUGGAGAACAAGUGAAUUUGGAUGAGAAAAUGAAAAUGGAAGGAGAAUAUGAUAUUCAAAACUUUUGGAAUUUUCCAGAAGGUCUUGGACGAAAGGUGAAAGUAGGAAAGUUUUCCCCACAUGCUCCACGUGGCCAACAACUGUCUUUACAUGAGGACCUGAUACAGUGGAGCAUAGGAUUUACACAGACCCCUCGUUCUGUCUGCACUGAGAGAUGUGGUCCUGGAUUUAGGAAAUCCCCACAGGAGGGAAAGCCUGCCUGUUGUUUCAGUUGCACUCCUUGCCCGGAGAACGAGAUUUCUAAUGAAACAGAUAUGGACCAGUGUGUGAAGUGUCCAGAUCUCCAAUAUGCUAACACAGAGAAAAGCCACUGCAUCCAAAGAGCCGUGACCUUCCUGGCUUAUGAAGACCCCUUGGGCAUGGCUCUGGCCUACAUGGCUCUCUGCUUCUCUGCACUCACAGCUGCUGUCCUUGGGGUCUUUGUGAAGCACAGAGACACCCCCAUAGUCAAGGCCAACAACAGGGCUCUCAGCUACAUCCUGCUCAUCUCCCUCACCUGUUUUCUCUGCUCUCUGCUCUUCAUUGGCCGUCCCAACACAGCCACCUGCAUCCUGCAGGAGACCACAUUUGGACUGGUGUUCACUGUGGCCGUUUCCACDGUCCUGGCCAAAACUGUCACUGUGAUUCUGGCCUUCAAGGUCRCUGUCCCAGGGAGAAGGAUGAGGCGGUGGCUGGUGUCAGGGGCACCUAACUUCAUCAUUCCCAGCUGCUCCCUCAUCCAGCUGACUCUCUGUGGAGUCUGGCUGGGGACCUCGCCUCCCUUUGUAGACACAGACACACACUCUGAACAUGGCCACAUCAUCAUCACGUGCAACAAGGGCUCAGUCACUGCCUUCUACUGUGCCCUGGGAUACCUGGGCUCCCUGGCCCUGGGGACCUUCACGGUGGCCUUCCUGGCCAGGAACCUGCCUGACACCUUCAAUGAAGCCAAGUUCCUGACCUUCAGCAUGCUGGUGUUCUGCAGUGUCUGGCUCACCUUCCUCCCUGUGUACCACAGCACCAAGGGCAAGGUCAUGGUGGCCGUGGAGGUCUUCUCCAUCCUGGCCUCCAGCGCAGGGCUCCUGGGAUGCAUCUUUGCCCCCAAGUGCUAUGUUAUUUUAUUAAGGCCACAUAGGAGCUCUCUACGUGGGUCCAGAGAGAAACUUCAUUGUAGGAGCAAUAAGCCUUCUUGA